CUCCAAAGUCUGCUAAAAGCACCACAAAGGCCAGCAGCGGCAGCAGUGGUGGUGGGAAGGAUGGUGGGGCAGAGAAUUCAGAGGAGGUCCAGCAGCAGCAGCAGCAGCCGCAACCCCCGACUUCCAAUAAGCGCCCCAGUAACAGCACCCCCCCACCAACGCAGCUGAAUAAGAUCAAGUACUCCGGAGGACCCCAGAUUGUAAAGAGAGAGCGACGGCACAGCUCUUCCCGCUUCAACCUGAGCAAAAACAGGGAACUGCAAAAGCUCCCUGCCCUCAAAGAUGCUCCUGCUCAUGAACGAGAAGAGCUCUUCAUACAGAAGCUGCGACAAUGCUGUGUUCUCUUUGACUUCAUCUCCGACCCACUCAGUGACUUGAAGUUCAAGGAAGUGAAGCGAGCUGGUCUCAAUGAGAUGGUGGAGUACAUCACGCAUAACCGGGAUGUCGUCACGGAGGCCAUCUACCCUGAAGCUGUCGUCAUGUUUUCAGUGAACCUCUUCCGGACCCUUCCCCCCUCGUCCAAUCCAACCGGAGCAGAGUUUGACCCCGAGGAGGAUGAACCCACACUAGAAGCUGCCUGGCCACACCUCCAGCUGGUGUAUGAAUUCUUCCUGCGGUUCCUGGAGUCGCCCGACUUUCAGCCAAAUAUAGCCAAGAAAUACAUUGACCAGAAGUUUAUAUUGUCACUGCUGGAUUUGUUCGACAGUGAAGAUCCCAGAGAGCGAGACUUCCUGAAGACCAUCUUACACCGGAUUUAUGGGAAGUUCCUGGGCCUGCGAGCGUACGUGAGGCGGCAGAUCAACAACAUAUUUUACAGGUUUAUCUAUGAAACAGAGCAUCACAAUGGGAUUGCAGAGCUGCUGGAGAUCUUGGGGAGUAUAAUCAAUGGGUUCGCUUUGCCUCUGAAGGAAGAGCACAAGAUGUUCCUCAUCCGGGUCUUGCUACCUUUGCACAAGGUGAAAUCGCUGAGUGUCUACCACCCACAGUUGGCAUACUGUGUUGUGCAGUUCUUGGAGAAAGACAGCAGCCUGACAGAACCGGUGAUUGUGGGCUUGCUGAAGUUUUGGCCGAAAACGCACAGCCCCAAGGAGGUGAUGUUUCUGAACGAGCUGGAGGAAAUACUGGAUGUGAUUGAGCCCUCUGAGUUCAUGAAGGUCAUGGAGCCCCUAUUCAGGCAGCUGGCCAAGUGUGUUUCCAGCCCACACUUCCAGGUGGCCGAGCGAGCACUGUACUACUGGAACAACGAGUACAUCAUGAGCCUGAUCAGCGACAAUGCAGCCAAAAUUCUCCCCAUCAUGUUCCCGGCACUCUACAAGAAUUCUAAGAGUCACUGGAACAAGACGAUCCAUGGCUUGAUCUACAACGCCCUGAAGCUGUUCAUGGAGAUGAACCAGAAGUUGUUUGAUGACUGCACGCAGCAAUACAAGGCAGAGAAGCAGAAGGGGAGGUUCAAGCUGAGGGAGCGAGAAGAGAUGUGGCACAAGGUUGAGGAGCUGGCCCGGCAGAACCCCCAGUACCCCAUGUAUUACGCACCCCCACCUUUGCCUCCUGUUUACUGCAUGGAGACAGAGACCCCAACUGCAGAGGACAUUCAGCUACUGAAGAAAACGGUGGAGACAGAGGCUGUGCAGAUGCUGAAAGACAUCAAGAAGGAGAAGGUUUUGCUGCGUCGGAAAUCUGAGCUUCCUCAGGAUGUCUACACUAUAAAAGCCCUGGAGGCCCACAAGAGAGCAGAAGAAUUCCUCACCUCAAGCCAAGAGGCACUCUGACGGGCUAGGGAGCUGCCCUGGGAGGCCUGGCCCCCCUCCCCCGCCCCCAGGGGUACCCAGAAAUGCACUUGGUUCUAAUAUAUAACUAGGGAAUGAACAUGGUGAGCUGUGCCUGUC